CACUUUACGUGGCGAUAUACAUAACCUAUAUGAUGUAGGCACAUGGUUUAUUGUACAUUUAUACAUACGACGUUGCGAAGAGUGAGUGUUGUGUAUAUUUGAAAUUGGCAAAGGGAAUUAUUUAUUACUGAAAGUGAAGUUUUGAUGAAAGUGAUCGUGAUUUAUAUUUUCUAUAUGUAAAGAAUCUGUGUUUAAAGAAGUUUUCAAAUAUGUCAAACGAACCUAAAUUAACAAAUACGUCGCCGGACUUUGGCAAACCACCUGAGAAUCAGAACGAUUUGUUGCAAUCUUUAGGUGUACCCCACGUUGAUUCUUUCAAUUACAUGCUAGAAGAUGGCAUUUUUCAAGGCAUAAAAGACAGUACACCAGUGUAUUUAACUCUCCCUAAUGAUGAUAAGAUAGUCCUUUGGUUGGAUGAUGUGCAUAUUUAUAAACCUACUGUACCUUCUGGUACAAUUGGUGUAAAAAAUUGUAAAAUAUAUCCGACAGAAUGUCGACAAAGAGGUACCACUUAUAAAGGCAAAAUAACAGUGAGAAUUGGGUGGUCUGUUAAUGGUAAAGAACAAGAACCUCUUGAGAAGGAUUUGGGAGAAGUUCCAAUUAUGAUCAAGUCUAAUCGAUGUCAUUUGAAUAAAAUGAGUCCUGAGGAAUUGGUUACUCAUGGUGAACAUGAACAAGAAUGGGGUGGAUAUUUUGUAAUCAAAGGAUUGGAACGAUUGGUUCGCAUGUUAGUAAUGACAAGACGGAACUAUCCCAUCGCUAUCAAGAGAUCAACCUGGAAAACUCGUGGCACACAAUUUAGCGAUUUGGGUAUUUCUUUGAGAAGUGUUCGGGAUGACAAUACUGCUACUAAUAAUACGCUGCAUUAUGUGACCGAUGGUUCAGCAAAAUUGGCAUUUACUUACAAAAAAGCUACAUAUUACGUACCAUUGGUAAUGAUGUUAAAAUGUUUGAUAGACGUGACUGAUUUAUAUAUUUAUAAAGCAUUAAUUGCCGGUUAUGAAGAUGAUCUCUAUUACAAUAAUUGUAUUAUGAAUAUGUUACGUGCCCUGCACGAAGAAGAUCUGCAUUGGCACGAACAAUGUAAAGCACACAUAGGAAAAAUCUUUAGAAUAAAAUUCACUGAAUUACCUCAGGAUGCAUCUGAUAUAGAUGUUUGUGAUUAUAUUAUUAAGCAUUGCGUUGCCAUUCAUCUUGAUGAUCCUGCUGACAAAUUUUAUUUUCUUGUAUUCAUGACGAAAAAACUGUUUGCUUUCAUCGAUAAUAAAUGCGUCGUUGAGGGUGCAGAUGCUGUGAUGAUGCAAGAAUGUUUGCUAGGUGGACAUUUGUAUCUGCAAGUUCUCAAAGAGAAAUUGUGCUCUUGGUUGGCAGGACUUAAAUUUUAUAUCCUCAAACGUGCCAAAAGUGCCGGUAAUAGAUACACUUUAAACAUGCAAGAAAUGUUGAAUGUCACCAAAAACCGGAGCAACAUUGACUCGCAAAUGGAAUAUUUUUUAUCUACCGGAAGCAUAAAAUCAUCAACAGGUUUAGGUCUUAUGCAAAGUUCUGGACUUACGAUUAUCGUGGAAAAUAUCAAUAGGAUGCGUUAUAUGAGUCAUUUUCGUGCAAUACAUAGAGGCGCGUUCUUCCAAGAAAUGAGGACCACUGAAGCCAGACAAUUGUUGCCUGAUGCGUGGGGAUUUAUUUGUCCUAUACAUACUCCAGAUGGUGCCCCAUGCGGGUUGCUUAAUCAUCUGACAAUGAAUUGUAUUGUUACAAAACAUCCAAAUCCAAAAUUGAAAGCUGCGAUACCAAUAGCACUGGUGGACCUCGGGAUGGUUCCGUUAUCUAUCGCGGAUAAUUGGAAGGGUUCGUACACUGUAAUGUUAGAUGGGAAAUUGAUCGGCCUAAUUGAGGACAAGAUUAUUAAUAAAGUAGUGUACAAACUAAGGCUGCUUAAAAUAAAAGGUCACGAAGUGCCAUCAACAUUAGAAAUUGUACUGGUGCCAAAGAAGAAAGUUUCAGCUCAAUAUCCAGGAUUAUUCUUAUUUACUAAUGCAGCUAGAAUGAUGAGACCAGUAAUCAAUUUAGCUACGCAAAAGAUUGAACUUAUCGGAACAUUUGAACAAAUUUAUUUGGAUAUUUGUGUGGUUCCUCAAGAAGCCUACGACGGAAUCACUACUCAUCAAGAAAUAAGUCAGACAACUAUUUUUAGCAACUUGGCUAAUCUCAUUCCAUUGCCGGAUUGUAAUCAGAGUCCAAGAAACAUGUAUCAAUGUCAGAUGGGGAAACAAACAAUGGGCACACCAUGUCACAAUUGGCAACAACAAUCACAAACGAAAUUGUACAGGCUACAGACGCCUGCUGCGCCACUCUUUAGACCAGUACAUUACGAUAAAAUUAACAUGGACGACUUUCCCAUGGGUACCAAUGCAAUAAUCGCUGUUAUCUCGUACACGGGAUAUGAUAUGGAAGAUGCGAUGGUUAUCAAUAAAUCGUCGUUCGAACGCGGCUUCGGUCAUGGAUCGAUCUACAAGUCCGAGUUUGUUGACUUGAAUGACAAAAAGAGUUAUUUCGCUCGAAAUCCAGACAAACCUGAGCUCGUGAAAACGUUAGACGCCGACGGUUUGCCUAUACUGGGUAACAUGAUUAAGGAAGGUGAUGUGUAUUAUUGUUAUUACGAUGCUGACAAUGGCCACUAUGUUAGUGGGACAUAUAAAAGCUCGGAGACCGCUUACAUCGACAGUGUGAAGUUGUGCGGCACAUUAAACAGCCAUGAUCUCCGAAGGGCGUGUAUUACAUUCCGUAUUCCCAGAAAUCCCACCGUUGGUGAUAAAUUCGCAUCAAGAGCAGGACAAAAGGGGAUUCUGUCGCGGUUGUAUCCCACCGAGGAUUUACCGUUCACAGAAACCGGCAUGGUUCCUGACAUUAUAUUCAAUCCUCAUGGUUUCCCAAGUCGUAUGACAAUAGCUAUGAUGAUUGAAGUGAUGGCUGGGAAAUCGGCAGCUGUACACGGAUUGGUUCACGACGCCACGCCGUUUCGGUUCGACGAGGACAACACAGCUGUAGAUUAUUUCGGGAAAUUAUUAGAGCUCGGUGGCUAUAAUUAUUUCGGUUCCGAAAGAAUGUAUUCGGGUAUAUACGGAUGCGAGAUGACCGCCAGUAUUUUCUUUGGCAUUGUCCAUUAUCAGAGAUUGCGGCACAUGGUCUCGGAUAAGUGGCAGGUAAGAAGUACUGGACCGAUCGACAUGCUGACAAGACAACCUAUCAAAGGUCGUCGACGCGGCGGUGGUGUUCGAUUUGGAGAGAUGGAACGAGAUGCCUUGAUCUCUCAUGGUUGCUCGUAUCUUCUUCAAGACCGCCUUUUCCACUGCUCUGAUAAAGUAACGACUUUAGCAUGCGUGACAUGUGGGUCACUGCUCAGCCCAGAAUUAAUUGUGAAAGGUAAAAGCGACAACGACGACGCAAAGUGUCGUUUAUGUGGUAAAGAAGACUCCAUAAGCGAGGUCGAAAUACCGUAUAUCUUUAAGUUCCUUGUAACACAACUAGCUUCCUGUAACAUUAACGUUAAAUUGAAAUUUAGAAAAAUUUAAAUAAUCGCAACAUUAUAUCAUGUAUGUCUGUACAUAUAUAUUUUUUCAACAGAAUAAAAUUUUAUUUUUACUUUCUAACAUUC